AUUACAGCAACUAUAACGAAAAAGAAUACUUUCGUUGGAACACCUUUUUGGAUGGCACCUGAAGUCAUUAAACAAUCGGGAUAUGAUUAUAAAGCAGAUAUCUGGUCUUUGGGUAUAACUGCUAUCGAGCUUGCUAAAGGUGAACCUCCUUAUUCGGAUCUUCAUCCGAUGAAAGUUCUCUUUCUUAUCCCAAAAAAUCCACCACCUUCCCUGGAGGGAAUAUAUUCUAGAUCAUUCAAGGAAUUUAUUUCACAAUGCUUGGACAAAGAUCCAAUCAGACGCCCAUCGGCAAAAGAACUACUUAAGCACAAAUUUAUUAGGAAUGCAAAGAAGACGUCAUAUUUGACAGAAUUAAUUGAACGACAUCAAAGUGGCGAGGAUGGAGAAGAUACGGGCUGGGAGUUUCCAAGACCAACUUCACCAUCAUCGGACGAUGAUGGUGAAGGUUCGGAAGACAAUGCAACGAUUGGGCCAGCAAAAGGAAAACAUGCGAUGGCGGUGAAAUCUGGUGGUUCCGAUUAUGACACUGUCAAGCAUGUUGAUAUGUCUAAGGUAGAAGAGUUUUACUUAAAUAAUACCGAAGAGCCUUACUUAAAUAAUACCGAAGAACCUUACUUAAAUAAUACUGAAGAACCUGUAACUGGACCUGCCGUUUUCAAAAAAGUCAUCAUACCUUCAAUAGAUAAGUUACGCUUGAAUGCGCCAUCCCAAAAGUCCCAGCUCACAUUGGAUGCCUUGAGAGAGGCUUUCGAAAAUGCAGAAAUUGAAAAUCCUGGUAUAUCCGAAACAUUUAUGCAUGCUGUUUUUCAAAAAUUUGAUGAGGUUAAUCCUUGA